UGCCCUUCACAUCCGUCCACAUCCUCUGAGGCUCUGCUCCCAAGCGCAGCACAACGAUGGCCCUGCUCAAGUCAAACAAGGUGAUCUACUGUCUGGGGAACAUCUCCCCGGCCCUGGGAGUGCUCUCCACCCGCAACAGCUCAUGGUGGGGUGGAGUGCAGAUGGGUCCCCCCGAUCCCAUCCUGGGGGUGACCGAAGCUUACAAGAGAGACACCAACCCCAAGAAGAUGAACCUGGGAGUCGGAGCCUACAGGGAUGACCAGGGCAAACCCUUUGUGCUCAGCUGUGUCCGCAAGGCAGAGGCUAUUAUUUCAGCCAAACAGCUGGAUAAGGAGUACCUCCCCAUCGGUGGUUUGGGGGAGUUUACCAAGUCCUGCGCCCAACUUGCUCUUGGUGCUGAUAACGAGGUCUUGAAAAGCGGCAGGAACAUCACUGUCCAGACCAUCUCCGGAACUGGAUCUCUGCGCAUCGGAGCCAACUUUUUGUCUCGGUUCCAUGGAGGUCCACGUGACGUGUACCUGCCCAAACCCUCCUGGGGAAACCACACACCCAUCUUCAGAGAUUCUGGCAUGCAGCUCAAAGCAUACAGAUACUACGACCCGUCCACCUGUGGCUUUGACUUCAAAGGAGCUCUCGAUGACAUCUCUAAAAUCCCAGAGCAGAGUGUGAUCAUGUUGCAUGCUUGUGCCCACAACCCCACUGGUGUAGACCCCAGACCUGAGCAGUGGAAGGAGAUUUCUGAAAUUGUGAAGAAAAAGAAGUUGCUUGUGUUUUUCGACAUGGCCUAUCAGGGCUUUGCAAGUGGAGACAUUGAUCGUGAUGCCUGGGCUGUUCGCUACUUCAUUGAGCAGGGUCACAACAUCCUGCUGUCCCAGUCCUUCGCCAAGAACAUGGGGCUCUACGGUGAGCGUGUGGGAGGCUUCACUGUGGUGUGUAACGACGCAGAAGAGGCAAAGAGGGUGGAGUCUCAACUUAAGAUCCUCAUCAGACCCAUUUAUUCCAACCCACCGAUGAACGGAGCCAGAAUUGCAGCAACCAUCCUCAACACACCAGAUCUGCGCUCACUGUGGCUGGAGGAGGUCCACGGCAUGGCUAACCGCAUCAUUAAGAUGAGAGAGCAGCUGGUGGCUGGUCUGAAAAAGGAGGGCUCCAGCCACAACUGGCAGCACGUCAUCGACCAGAUCGGGAUGUUCUGCUUCACAGGCCUCAAACCCGAACAGGUUGAGCGCCUCACAAAGGAGUUUUCAGUGUACAUGACCAAGGAUGGCAGAAUUUCCAUGGCAGGCGUGACCUCUGGGAACGUGGGCUACCUGGCACAAGGGAUCCAUGCAGUCACCAAGUAGAGUGUGUCCUGCUGGGAGAGCUUCGAAAUCAAAGCAGCAGUGUCGAAGAGCAGCUUCAUGCAUCACCUAUACUCUGUCUGCUCCAUUCCACCUGUUAGAAAGAGCUCAGUGUUUAGUUAGACAUUUUCUCGAUUGGAUUUCAUCAUAAGUUCAACUUGGAACAGUUGCUGCUGUCAAACGGUUUAGUCUCCGGUUACCUUUUUUACAUUUCACUAAACUGCUCCCCUGCUAAAUUGUCAAAUACAUGGUUUUUCACACUACUGAUGGAUCAUCUUUGCUUAUUUAUUAUAUGAAAUCAACUGUUGGCUGUGCAUUAGUGUCCCUUAAAUGUGUGCUGUUGAUCUGUUGUAAACCCACUCACUCACAGGCACUCGUGUCCGGGUAAUGUUAGACUGUGCAUUGGCUUCCUGUACGAGCUGAGAUCAUUGUUGCAAUGUGAAAGCCUGUACAAAGUCUGAGUCCUUUUCUUUCUUCUUAAUCCUAAUGGUGGAGUUGUAGCACUUUAUAAGUUGUAAGGCACUGUUUGAGUUUCAAGAUUAGGCCAGCAUCCUGUUUUAAAGCGAUCAAUGCACUAUCAGGCUAAUCUGUGGCUGUUUAUCUGAACCAAUCAAUCAUACAAUAAUUUCAUACAAUUAUCUCUGUUGGAAUUUGCCUAGCUAUAUCCAUUGUAUUCAGUACUUUUCCAUUGGAAUUUGUGAAGCAUUUUUGGGUUUCACUUCAGUUGCUGGAAGGGCAGCAGUCUCUCAGUCAGUCCAUUUUUAACCCCUGAUACAAACAAGCACACAAGCCAAACACAAUUAAACCUUGUAAAGAAAUGUGACUAAUACUUAGUAUUACUCUGUUUUUCUCCCCAUAUUUCACCAUAGCCCCAAAAUUGAAUGCCCCAUUUUAUGAAUUUUAAUUUAAUCAUGGAGUCUCUGUAUCUGAUGCAAGUACAGACAUCUCUCUGUGUGGUUAACACAGAUGAGCUGGAUCAAGUGUUCGGGUGAAUCUGAAGAAAUAAUGCACAUGCUGCUCAUUUACUCAGAUGGUCAUUCACGUCAUUGUGUACUGUUUAUGUACAGUGUAUGAAUCUGUUCAUCAAACAAUAAACAAACAACAUCUAGAAAUGUGGUGUUUUCCCCCAUGCUACUCAAAUCUCUGGCACUUUGCCUCCAUGUUUUGCAUUCUGUUAUAAAAUAAUGGAUCAUUGGGCAUGUACCUCAUUGAACAAACAAUAAAUCAUUAUAGAUUAA